CACACACACACACACACACACACACACACACACACACACACACACACACACACACACACACACACACACACACACACACACACACACACACACAGACACAGACACAGACACACAGAGACAGAGACAGAAACACAAAAAAGAGACACAGAGAGAGACAUAUACAUGUACAUCUCGCCUUGUACCUGGUGGAACGGGCUUGUCCCAGACACACUAAAUUGCUCACCUGAGGCGUAUCGAAAAAGGCGAGUUGGAACUGACACUUCCAUCAGUAGCCUGAACCUAUGCCACUCGCAAACCUCGGUCCCAUGCAUCUGUUCAUCCAGUGCUUCCCGAGAGCCUAUCGAGCCCAUGAAGGUUAGUGCUUGCAACCGAACGGAGGCCCGCAGUGAGGUCCACGGCGAAAAAAAGCAAUUACUUUCGAAUUCAAAGUCAAACCCAUCCUCGCCUGAAAGAACCGUAACCCGACCUGGCGUCCACUGGUUGGGAGGCUUGAUCCUUUGUCAUGCCGGCUCUGGAGUGAUAUACCGACUUACAACGUCCGCAUUCCGAUGUGCGUACGGUCGCUGCCUACGGAGACAAAACGAAGCGAGUGCGCCAAAGCGAUACGUAGGUCGAAGACAAAUGCGGUAUUGUGGUUAUAUCGACAGGAUAGUACGACGUGUCGAAUUGGUGCCCAACGCAUACGGUGCUCGAACAAGACCCCAACUUACCUCACCUUGGAGAGAAGCCAUCAAGAGCAGCGAAACGGAAAGAAAGAGGAGGCUAACUCGAACCAGCAGUCUGAUGAACUUCCAAGGACGUGGGAAAUAGAUGGGAAGAGUGAGAAUGCAGGUAAACACAGAUCAAGAGAGCAAGAUGAUGAAUGUAAAGAAGCAAAGAAGGGGAACGAAGGGCGAAAGAGAACUAAUUGAAGGAUCCCAGAGAUGGGAAGGUUCAGUGAAGAGCCUUGACACACCUACAGCAACAACAACGCAUGU